UACACCUGGCCGGGCAUGGCAUUGCUUGCCCCCGCGCCACGGUUAACGACAACGAUGACGAUCCAACAUGGGUGAAUGUGGGUAUUUCAAAAGGGUAAACAAACCGAGCUGAUGAGUCAACUCUCAAGGCAAUGAAAGCAAUGAAGUAAACACCACACGCGCCGGGGCGCUCCUUAAACAAUCGGUCACCUCUGUCCCAUCAUGGAGCAGCAAGAACAACAACAGGGCAAAACCAGACUGAUGGAGGAUGAGACCGAGGUCACAAACUUCGAGACCACUCCUGUCACAAACAGCUGGUUUUCGCGCUCCUGGUCCCUCUACGCGAUAUCUCUGGUCACUUCUCUCUGCUUUCUCGCCGCGCUUGUCGGCUUACUCGCAGCCUUUGACAAGAAAACUGUUGACGACAAGCAGCAAUUCACGCUGAACACCGCCAUUGCCGUCCUCUCGGCCGCGACCAAAGCCACGCUUCUCUAUUCCAUCAGCGAUGCCAUCGGACAGUGGAACUGGAUCGUCUUCUCCGGGCCCAGGCGACGGCGCCUUCUUGACUUUGACCGGAUCGCGUCAGCCAGCCGUGGUCCGCUGGGCAGUUUGAUUCUGCUUGUGGACAAGAACGUGAAGCGCAUUUCGAUUGUGAGGAUGGGUGCUUUGUUGACGCUGCUCUCUGUCGCCAUGGACCCCUUUGCUCAGCAGUUGCUCAAGUACCGCCAAGUACCUCGAUAUCGUGAAGAUCUUGACGGCGAAGGCGCUUCCGUCUCAAGGGCUAUGAAGUACUCUCGGGGAAGCAAGUACGUGCUCAGGGAAACAGAUUCAGAUGGCGGUGCCCUCGUUGAUGCUGAAGCCGAUUUAACCAUGCAAUCGGCUAUCAUGUACGGCAUCGCGGAGCCACUGGAAUCAGUCUUGCAACAAACCAAAUUCCGAUGUCCAAAUGGCGAAUGCCCCUUUAAGGGUGACUUCGCGACUCUGGCCGUUUGUUCCUCUUGCAUGAACUUGACCGACCAGCUUCUCAUCAAAAAGGUUGACCCGGACAAGCAGCUGAACAUUAGUCUCAGUCAUAGCAAAGGCGCCAGGAGUGUGGUUACUAGGCGCGGUGAUCCCAUCGUCCAAUACAGUCUUCCCAAUGACCAGUAUCUUGACAACUCCAUUGCUAUGACCAUGAAAGGCACAGCAAACCCAGCCGAAGUCAUAACCCAGGACAGACUGGACUGGCAGCAGAAAGCAAAGACACUGAUCUGGUCCCAAAGCAUCAUCAGACACCGCACCGAUCCCGUACAGCUGCUCCCGGACCAAGAAAGCAACCAAGUCGAAGCAAUCGAGUGCGCUCUCUACUACUGCGUAAAGCAGAUAACAACCGCCAACGUAACCAGCGGGCGUUACUUUGAAGAAUCCAUAGAAGACACGCCAUUCGUCCGCGAUCCCGAAUCAUGGACCUUCGACCUUGACGGGGAUAACCUCCAAGGCCUCUCCAACCUCACCGCCGCCCAAAACGACAGCAUCGCCUUCCACCCGCGCCUCUCCCGCUUCCCACGCACCGACCUCUCGCUCCGUCUCAAUUUGGAUAACCACCAUAACGUGUACAACAUCAACCAAGUGGCCGUGGACGGCAUAAGCGCUUUUAUGCAACGGACCUUCUCGACAUGUGUCUCCCCGCUCACCAACUGCUCAGACUCGGCUGCAGGAAUGGGCUCAAAAGAUUUUGAAGCAGCAGCUGUCUCCCUCUCCGACAACUGGAAACCCAUCAACGGCUACUACGACCUCCGCUCCAACUGGUUCUCACCCAGCAUCGCUCGCGUAUUCUGGGAGACAGACGACCUCAAACAAAAAUGGGCCAGCAUCGCCCAGGGUCUAACCAACGUGAUCAGACGCGGCGCAGACAACCUGACAGACGCCUUCGAGUACGGAGCCGACAACCCCGUCUUUGGCGGCAUCAACGAGGUGCGCAGCGUAGAAUAUCUGGAACCGGUUUACCACAUAGACUGGUGGUGGAUCAUACUGCAUUGCGCGCUUGAGCUGGUCGGGAUAUUGUUUAUCGUGUUGACGGCGUUGAGGUCGACGAGCUGGUCGUGGAAGUUGGGGUGGUGGGGGGCUAGGCUCUCGGGUGGCGGAGGGGCCGCGCAGGGCGAGGUGUUGAUGAGCAGGAGGAAGGAGCCAUUGCCGCUUUGGGGGACGAAGUGGUUGCGAUUUUGGCCAACGGCCCGGCGGUUGCGAGUGUUUUGGAUGGUGCUAAGACAGUGCAGGAGAUGGAGGCUAGAGGGAGGGUUGCGGAGGUAACGCUGUUGACGGAUCACGGGGCGGACGGGAUAGGAUUUGUGGAUGCGACGACACGGAAGAUCAGUCUGGAGGCUCCGUAUGCCUAUCAACGGCAAAGAGACGUUUCGAGUUCUUGGUUUGGGACGUUGGGAACUUGUCAGGGGAAAGAGAGAGAGAGGCGGAUUCGAUAAGUUGAAGGGCGCCGGGCGAAAGUUCUCAAACAUAAACCGAAGACGGACAAGAACUUGGCAGAAGCGUAGUGUA